AAAUCAAUGUCAUCUGUCAAGUCUGUAAAUUUUCUGCUGUCAACUGUGUUGUAAGCGGCUGCUACUUAUAUUUAAAAGUUUUCCGUUGUGAGUGGUGUAAACGUUGUGAUUUGUAAAUAUAAUUAUCAGUUUUUUUAAACAUUAUACUACUAUUAAAGUUUCGUUAACAACAACAAUAUAAAAUGAUCAAAACUAAGCCUUGGAGUGGUGGUACCGACGAAGAAUACGAGACGCAGCACUUUGGGUUUGGGGCACAACGGCUAAAAAUUGCUAUGCGAAAUAUGAUCGAGCAAAAAAUUACUGCUGGAGUAAAAGACAUGGAGGAUUAUUUGCAAGAAACUCUGGCUUUAAAUGAUACAGACAAGGUUACGUUGACACGGUCUUGCGAUAAACUAAUAAGACUGUACUGCGAGCGCGCAGGCCCGUCACUGGAAAUAAUUGAUGAAGAAAUUGAACGUGUUCUAAAAAUUCCUCCAAACACGCUGUUGCCAGAAAACGAGUGCCAGAUUGAUCAAAUAUCAGAUGCAGAUUACUCACAGUUGAAAGAAGAAGUAGCCGCCCUUAGAAAACGAGUUGAAAGAGGUGCGUUGAUGGAAGCUUUGCUUAAUGCUGAAGAAGAGGAAUUAUCCUCUGUAGAGAAAAUGUGCGAGACUGCCAAAAGAGAUUUGGAAGCUUUAGAUUUAGUUUUUAAAAAUACAGACAAUAAUGAAAUUAUGAGAUCACUCCAGACUGAAACUCAGUUUUUGUGUGCAAGUGUUUCUUUCAUGAAAAAACAUGAUUCUGAAAUUUUUAAAGACUAAUUAUAUUGCCUUUUGUUUAAUGAACUAAUAUUUCUUCUCUUAUAAUUACUGUUGAAUAUAACACUGCUUUUAGUAAUUUGCGAUAUAACCCACUCAGUUAAGGUUGUUUAAAUUUGAUCAAUUAUUUGGGAAUAAAGACAAACUAAGUGUAUUAAGAAUGCUACAUUAUUGAGUUUUCAAAUUGUUUACUACUAGCUUUUGCUUGUGAUGGCACACAUCAGUUUUUUAGGGAUCUAAGUUGUACUAUAUAUUGAUUCUUGGGAUAAAAAGUAGCCUUUAUCCUUCCAGGGUUUUAAAGAAUCUCCAUACCAAAUUUAAUCACAAUGUAUUUAUUAAAUUUAUCAUGUUUAGACUGGUGAGACACAGCAAGAGACUGUUUUGUAAUUUGAAAGGAUUCACUGUAUAAAUUAACUUUAAUUUAUUUUAUUAUAUUUGGUUGGCUCACUAUUAUCAAAAACAAACAAAUAUAGGAUGAAAUGAAUACAGUAGAUAGGCCAAUAACAAGCCGGCGCAUAUAGUUUUUGAAAUUACUUUAUCUUAUUGUCUUGAAAUCUUAAAAACAUGUUAACAAACUUUUUUUUAUCUAUUAUAUUUUGCUUUGCUUAGUUCUAUAAGCUGUUCAACAAAGCAAAUAAUGUUUAUAAGCUGAUUGUAGACAUUAUCCAAUAGAAUAGUUUUCCCCAUGAAAUAAAAUAUUGUAAACAGUCA